AUGGCUCAGCAACUUUAUAAACUAUUCAUUCGUAAUUUACCUUGGACAGUAUCUUCACAUGAACUACGUACUUAUUUUUCUCAAUUUGGUUAUGUAACACGAGCAACUGUAUUAUACAAUAAUGAUACAGGUUUAAGUCGUGGUUUUGGUUAUGUAGAUUUUAAUAAACGUGAAGCAUUCGAAGGAGCUAUGUCACAAGUACAACAUAUUCUUGAAGGACAACGUUUACGUGUGGAAGAAGGUUCAUCAAAACGACGUUUUUCAAAUCGAGAUAAUACAACAUUGAAUAAAAAACAAGAGAAUGUUAAUAAUCCUAUUGAAGAAGAACAAUUCUAA